AUGUCUGCGAAUAAAGAUGUUGUUAGUGCACAAACAGUUGAAGAUGAAGUUACUGAAGAUUCUGUGUACAGUAAACACUCAAAAUUAUUAUUAACAGACGCAGUUGAGUAUUUUAAAACUUUGCUUAAAGAGAAUAAUUUAAUCAUCUCACAAUGCUCCAAUUCUAUUUCCCAUGAAGCUAUGUUAAUGGAUGAGGAAAUUUAUAAACUUACUGUCGACAUGUUGGCUGAACAAAAUCUGGUAACAGAUGAAGAGCUUAUUCAUGUUAAUGAAGAAACAGUAACUAUAGAAGAAAUUUUAAAAUCUGCGGAAACAUUUUGUACUCAGACUUUACAAUUAAUACCUAAAUUUGACAAAAAGUUCUUCAUUAAUACUGAUCAAACAGGGUGCCAGUACCAAUCAACCUUUAACAGAACGCUUGCAGAAAAAAUAGCCAGAGAAGUAUUUGUUAAGCGACAAGAUAUGAAUAAAGUAACCCAUUCAUAUACAGCACAAUAUGCUCUGACGUUAUCCGGGGAAUUAUUGCCUAAAGUGUUUGUAUGCCUCGAAGAACCAACCGACUCUUGGGGAGGUCAAACAAAACCUGAAAUUUACGAUGAAAUUUUUCAGGAUGAAGAAAAAUUGCCUACUUGUACAGUUAAAGUUAUUCCUCCAAAAUGUACGCCGAUUGUUCAACCUUGUGACGUUUACUUUUACCGACAGAUUCGUUACUAUUUUACUAUCCAAAUUUCCGAACGAAAUGAUAUUCAUGAGUCCUACCAAACUGAAUUAUUUGAUGACAUGUUAUACGAGAACUUCCAGGAAGGUAUUAUUAUAGUAACUGACCUUGAUACAGACAACGACAAUAAUGGAAUAAUUGAAGUAGAAACAGUGGAAAAUGAAAAUUUAGCCAACACUGUUCAAUUAGAAGCUGACAACACCGACAGCGAAGAAGAAACCAUGGAUAAUGAAAAUUUAGCAAACAAUGAAUUAGAAGCUGAGCCUAUGGAAAUCGAGGAGGAAAUACAAAGAAGAAAAGGAUACAAGAAAAAGAAGUUGAGAGAAAAAGGCUGUAAAUAUAAAACUUUGAGAAAAAAUAAAAUUACCGGAAAAUACUCUUAUGAAAACGAAAAUGAAGAGAAAAAACUGACACCAACAUGUCAAUCUGUUUUAUGCAAAAAGGCAAAAAAUAGGUUUUGCAACACGUUCAGCCCCCUCGACAGAAAAAAUAUAUUUUUAAAUUUAUGCAACAUGCGGAAAGUGUACGUUUCGUCAUUGGUCAAGACGACAACUACUCGACGACCUAAAGAGCAUUUGAUUUCUACACAUUUCAGGAUGGAGGCACUUGCCCCUCAAACUAAAACAACAAUUGGUAUUGAAAAUGAAAGGUGGUGCCGCUCUUACCCCAACUACCUGGGAUCGUAUACGAGUAUUACCAAUUUGGAUGGAGCAGACACACAGUCAAUUAACUCAACUCAAACUCAACCUACUUUGGAUGAAGAAGACAUUUCUUGUAAUGAUGAAGAUUUUUCGGAUGCAAGUGAGCCACCACAAUCUCCAUUAUAUAAUCAGAAAACUGACACUGGCAAUAAAAAACGGAAUCUGCCUACCGAAUAUUAUCAAUCUGAUACUCCUGAAACUUCUAGAAGCAGCACUUCAUGCAGCCGUACGUUUAAAGUUAAAAAAGCAGGAUACAAUGCAAGCAGGAAUGGAAGAGAGAUCGAAACAAAGGAUGGAGUUGUUGCAAGGGAUAUGCAAACAAAAAGAGGACGAUGA